CAGAGCCCCAAACGCCACACAAAGUCUCCUCCUUUCUUCUUCUUCUUCCUCCUCUCGCCUUUCCUCUCCUCCUCCUCUUCUUCUUCUUCUUCUUCUCGUGGGUGCAAGAAGCAGAGAAGGAGCAACGCGAGCUGAGAUCGAGCGCGAGGAUGUGGCAGAGAUACAGGUUCUUGUGCUGCGGCUGCGGCGGGAACAUGGCGGCCUCGGCCGCCGGUGACAGGGGGUGCGACGAUGACGCGGACUGCGGCGGCGGCAGCGGCGGCGGGGGAUUUGGGGAGGAGGAGGAGGGGGGAAAGGGUGGUGUGGCUGGGGCGGCGAGGAGGCUGUCGUGGGCGCAGGUGGAGGCGAUGACGGGCGGGUUCACGUCGGCGGUGGUCGGCGAGGGCGGGUUCAGCACGGUGUACCUCGCCCGCGUCGCCGGCGCGCUCGCCGCCGUCAAGGUCCACCGCAGCAGCGAGCGGCUCCACCGCGUGUUCCGCCAGGAGCUCGACGCUCUCCUCCGCGUCCGCCAUCCUCACAUCGUCCGCCUCCUCGCCUUCUGCGAGCAGCAAGAGGAAGGCGUGCUGGUGCUGGAGUUCGCGGCGAACGGGAACCUGCACGAGCGGCUGCACGGCGGCGGGAAGGCCGCGGGGACGAUGCCGUGGGCGCGGCGCGCGUCGGUGGCGCUGCAGGUGGCGCGGGCGCUGGAGUACCUGCACGACCGGUGCGAGCCCGCGGUGGUGCACGGCGACGUCAAGGCGUCGAACGUGCUCCUCGACGAGGCCAUGUCCGCCAAGCUCUGCGACUUCGGGUCGGCGCGGAUGGGGUUCUCCGCUGCCGUCCGCCCCCGGUCCUCCGCGCACACCAUGCUCGGCUCGCCGGGGUACGUCGACCCGCACUACAUCCGCUCCGGCAUGGUGACCAAGAAGAGCGACGUGUACAGCUUCGGCGUCCUCCUCCUCGAGCUCCUCACCGGCAUGGAGGCCUUCUGCGCCGCCGAGGGCCGCCUCCUCACCGCCGUCCUCGCGCCGCGCCUCAGGCCCGCCUCCUGCGCCGCCUGCGACGCCCGCAUGCUGGUCGACGAGAGGCUGGGCAGCGCCUACGACGCCGGCGAGGCCUCCGCCGUGGCGUCGCUGGCGGCGUCGUGCGUCGGCGAGAACCCGAGCCUCCGGCCAUCGAUGGCCGACGUGGUGCGCGCGCUGGAGCAGGGCGCGCACGGCUCCAUCUCGGCCGUCGCGAGGAGAUCCGACGGCCACGGGAAGCUGUGAUUCACACGAGGCGUGUCGAAUCCUAGGCGCUUAGAUCUGGGGGGCUUUUGGUGAGCUGUAACUUGCGAUGACGACGAUGACGUCAUCUGGCGUCACCUGCACACGUGGACCCCUCCUACUGGGUGGAGCUUAGAACAAAGCGGGGUAGUGGGCGAGCACCUCAAAAAAAAAAGAAUCAAAAAAAGGAGAAAAAAAGUAGUAGUGGUAUGAUUUGGAAAAGAUUUGGAGCAUCAAAAGGUGGGGUUUGUGUGUGCUAAUGGAGGAAUUUCGAUCACAUUGUGGUGCAAAAAAAAAAUGGCAGCGAUUUGGGAGGGUGAGGUGAUUAUGAAAAUGGAUCGUCCAUUUUACGAUUCCAAAGAGAUUUUGGUUUUUAUUCUUUCGUUUGUUCGUGUAAAGUUCACCGAGUGCCUCCUGUUUCUGUUCAUAUUGUUGAUGAUUGAUUUAGAUUUCGACCAGAGUUUGAAUUCCAAGAGACUAUGUAUAUAUUCUAUGUUCAA